CGGGCCCGGCGGCCCCGGCGCUGCUCCCGCCGCUCGCCGGGAUCUCACCUGGGCAGGAGCCGCUCCCGCCGCUCGCCGGGAUCUCCCCGGGGCAGGCGCGGCCUCGGAGGCAGGAUGCGCUCCAAGAGGCUCACCACCGAACCUCCAUGUAUAACAGAAGAAAUGUUAGAAGAAUACUUAGCCACAGAUGAUAUGCUUGUGGAUUUCUUUAAUGAAUUUUUGAGUCUUCCGACUUUUGCCCAGCCAGUGAAGUUUAACUCUGAUGUUGGGGCUUUUGAAGUAGUUAAUUGCGCCCCACCAUUCCUGGAAAGCCAGCCGAAAAAAAUUCUACAUGAUCAAAAACCUCCAAGCCCCAUUUAUGAUGUUCUAAGCAAGGAAAAGAAUGAUGGGCAGCUCUCCAAAAUGCACAGUGCUUCUUCAGCCUUCAGUAUUGAUCCAAAUUACAACACUAUGCAACUCGAUCAAGAGCAAGUAAUUGAGUGGAUUAAGAAAGAAAGGCUUCCAGCGUUUCUAGAAAGUGACUGUUACUUUGAAUACAGACUAGCUAAAUUGAUAUCACAGGUAGAAUGGAGCAAGACUGGCAUUAAUUUCAUUAUAGAUAGUGACUACUCUCCCUGGAUAAGGAUAAGGAAGCAAAGCCCAAGUUCUCCCUCUCCUGAGGAGGAGGAUGACCCUUCACUGACUUCAUUGACUUUGAAGAAGUUCUAUGUAUCACUUGGCGAGGCUACAGUUUCUCAGGUAAAGGAUUGGUUUACGUUGGCAAAACAAGGAGAUUCUGUGAAAACUACAGAUUCAUACAUGCAUCCUGUAGUUUCUAGUAAAAUUCAAGGUACUCACCAUUUGCAUGGGCAGCAUAAAAGAGAUGAAUCAUUACCUGGAAAAGGUCCCCUUCUGGGGACAGCAUCUGCAAAAGCCCAUGUAACCAGUGGGAGGCCCAGAGAGGCUGAGGAGGGCUGCUCGGUGGCCAUUGCUGAAACUCUUUCCCACACGCGGUCAAGAGUUUAUCUACAUCCAAAAUGGCACAGUGCAGCAGAAGAGGAAGAUGAACAGGGAAGCACAACUUAUCAGACAGUGGAAGAAUUCACAUCAAUAUCCUCUCAAAUUGCAAUGAAGGAUCCCAUUUCAGAGCUGACCCUCCAGUCAGCUGCUGACAUUGAAACCUUGGACUCCAAGGAAGAUGUAAGAAAACAAGAAAGCUUAAGUCCAAGUUCUGAAAGUGUUGGGCCAGACAGCAGGGCUGCCUGGUGUAUUAGUCAUGAGACGUACGACACUGGCAACAGACAUGAGUUUGAAAGAUUCAAGAAGUUCAUCAAAGGAACACUAGGGGAGAGGUACUGGUGGCUCUGGAUGGAUAUUGAAAGACUAAAGGCUCUUAAGAACACUACGAGGCAACAAAGACAACUCAGUAAGAUGAAAAAACUGUACCUGCUGAGCAGUGGAGACUAUUUCCUCAGUUCAGAAGUGUUGCUCAGACUUGAGCUACUGCAUGGAGAUCAGUGGAAUAUAAUGCAUUUAAGACAGAUUCAGCCUGAAGUAGUGAAACCACUACUUCUUUACUGGGGUCCCAGAUUUUGUGUCACUCAUUCAACAGCAAUAGAUGCUGCCAGUGCAAAACUGAAGUUCUGGCACACAUGUCAAGAGAGACCAAGAGUGGACAUUGAUCCUUUCCCACAAAUAGUAUCAUUGUUGCCAUUGACCCAAAAGUCUGACAUACCACCUUCCCUUCUUCAGAGAUCAUCAGGAUUACUACCUACUCUCACAGGAAGUCAAAUUCUCCAAAGGGAUGAUAUUUCUAGCAGUAGAAUACGGCCAAUGUCAGUGAGCACAGACAUGAUUCAUAGCUUAGCUCUGGAUGGGACCAAAUAUUCAGAAUACCAGGGUCAUAGAAAAUACACCUAUGCUGAGCUUCUCCAUGGGAAAAGUGUUGCUAGCAGUGUUGUCUUCAGGGGAUCAGGAAUUGAAAGCAUGCUGCAGUCUCUUUAUUUGGAGAACAGAGCAGGCUACUACUUCACACAAUUCUGUGAGAAGUCAGGGAAUAAGUUGUGGAAGAACUGCGUGUACUUUUGGUUCGACCUACAGGCUUAUCAUCAGCUUUUUUACCAAGAAACCCUUCAACCUUUUCAAAUAUGCCAGCAAGCUCAAUUCCUUUAUGCAACUUACAUUGCUCCAUCUGCCAGUAUGGACACUGGACUUCAUCAGAAUAAGAAAAAUAUGAUUUAUCACAAAAUUGACCCAGCUUUUGAGGACCUUUUUGACCCAGCAGAAGAACACAUCCUCACUGUUUUGCUGGAACCGUGGAUGAAGAUGGUGGAAGAAGACAAAUACGCUUAUAGAAAGGUGGAGUUGGUGGAAGAAACUCAACAGCUGGACUCCGUGUACUUUAGAGAGCUCCAGGCUUUGCAUCAAGUGAGUAGUUCCAAGAAGGAUGAGAGUACUGUUGCUGACACAGGGGCUCUCAAAGAAGAUCAGCACUUGCAUCAAGCUUCCAAGGAAUUGGCAGGUCCCAGUCUGUCUGACCUGAUCCAUGACAAAGAGAAGUUAGAACAGUUCCAGGCUUUUCUUGAUAAGCAUUCUGCUAGCAUGGAUCUCAUGUGCUGGCUAGAUAUUGAAGAGUUCAGAAAGAUGCUCCAAAAGGAUAAAGAAAAAAGUGAUGAAAAAUCAAAAGACAUUAAAACCAAGUACUUAAAUAACAAGUACUUCUUUGGACCCAACAGCCCAGCUACCAGAGAACAACAGGAAGAGCUAAUGCAUUCAGGUGGAGGAAGGAGACAAAGCCUUCAUGAUCAGCUUUCGGCAGCAGUUCUGCUACAAGUUCAGCAAUGUGUCCAGAAGAGAUUAGAAAAACAAUGGCUGCCAUUGUUCCUGGCAGAUGAACACCAUGGGGCAGAGGAAGAAGCAAAGCAUGUGGACAAUAAGAGUGUUUCUUCAUCUAGUGAAAUACUUGCUUUCCGCAAGGCACUGCUGGAUCCUGAGACAGCAAAUCUGUUUCAACGUUUUGUGGCACUGAAGGGAGACCUCCUGGGGAACGGGGUGCUCUUUUGGCAAGAGGUGCAAAAGUAUAAGGACCUGUGCCAUUCUCAUUGUGCUGAUGCCAUAGUUCAGAAAAAGAUCACAGCUAUUAUUGACUGCUUUAUUAAUUCUGCCAUACCCCCAGCUUUGCAGAUUGACAUCCCACCUGAACUAGCAAAGAAGAUUGUGGAGCACAGGAAAGAACUAGGACCUUACAUUUUUAGAGAGGCACAGAUGAGUAUUUUUGCUCUUCUGUUUAAAUUUUGGCCAGAAUUUUGUAAGUUCCAAAGCAAUCCGGAGAGUGACAAAAUUCUAGUUUCCUUGGAGAAAAAAAAGGAAAAAGAGACACAAAAGGUGGAAGGGAUAACAGCAAAGGGUAAAGAAGCGGGGAAAAAGCUCAUUAAUUUGGCUCAACUUAAGUCCUUGACUCAACCCAAGUCCUUGACUCAACUGAAGUCCUUGACUCAACCCAAGUCCUUGACUCAACCCAAGUCCUUGACUCAACUCAAGUCCUUGACUCAGCCUGAGCCCUUGACUCAGCUUAAGCCCUUGACUCAACUGCCAAAGAGUGUUUUGCUAGAUGAGCUUGAUGUGAAGAGAAGAUCAUCAACACCUUUAGUACCUAAAGAAGGACAUGGGAGGAAGGGUUCCUGGUCCUAUUCCAAGUACAUAGAAGCCUUGGAACAGGAAAGAAUACUCAUCAAAAGGCAAGAAGAUCUGCAGAAAACCUCAUCAUCAUCGUCACUCCCUGCAGGUCCCUUGUUUAUGUCCUCCCUGAAGCCUGAAAAUUUUGUAAAAGCCACCAUUCCUACAAAGCCUAAACUAUGAAUCUUCCCAAGAAGCAGGAAGCCCUUUAAAAUCUCUCUGAGGAAGGGAAUGCAGAGACAUUCUAUGGAGGUGGCCAGGAGACACAAAUGUAAUGUGCUUGCAAGGUUUGUUCUUACAAUUCCAGAGCAAAAAUGCUGAUUUGGAAUAUUAUUAAGAACCAGGGGAUCAAGGGUAGAAAAUAAACAUCUUCCAAUGUGUUCCAUUUCAACCUGAUUGUGACACUGACUCUUGUGUUAAUAAUUUAAUAAUACACCUUGAGGCUCAAAUCCCAGUAGGAUUCCACUGAAGUAUGCAUGGUACAAACUACUAGGUAGUCUCCAUCUUAAACAUCUUAUAAUCAAACCCAGUUCUUUAGUGCCUUAUCUAAUGAAUAAGUAAAACACUGCCUUGAACUGACAGCCUUGAAGCAGGGUGUUUUGGCACACUGUGCUCUCACUAUGCAAUUUAUACAACUUCUGUUCACCAAGGAUGAACAUGAGGUCUCUGAGUUAUUAUAGAGGCAAAGGUUCUUAUUGUUUCCUCCCAGUUCAGUCUGAUUCCUGUUCCAAGUUCACCUUCUGUCUCAUUUCUGAGUUUUGAUCCACAAGAAAGGCUUAAAAUCGAUCAGGACACAGAUGGGAUUGGGACCUUCUACACAAUAUCAUUAGUCCCAAGGCAUUACUCAACAGAGGGUUGCUCUUGUGCAGCUCUCCCUACUUCUAAGAAGUUUUAAAAAGACUUGAGGCACAGCUGAUGUGGGGACUAAGGACCAAGGAUUAAUUGAGAAAUUAAGAGGGAACAGGGAAAGAAUUAACUACUAGGCAAGAGACAUGAAGAUACUAGACCUCUCCACAUUCUUUAGACCUCUUUAAAAAACAGUCCCCAGCCACAAAGCUGUUGGCUCCAUUCUCCCCCACAUGUGUGUAACGCAUGUAAAAGAAAGGCUGAUCAGCAAGCUGUUCCUGAGGAUUAGCCCAGAGUUAGGGAUGGGACUGUCUCCUGCUGGAGGCAGGCUGGUAGGGAAGAAAUGCACUUUCUUUUAUGGAUGUAGUUGCCCUGAUCAUAUAUUCUCACAGAAGGAGCAAGGGAGAUCAUUGGUUCAGUUCCUGCUUUGCCCAUGGUUCAGAGUUUGCUUCAUGCUUGCCUGCAUGUUCUCUGUUUGAGUUACCUGAAAAAUAUGUUUUUGGUGGAAGCUACAACAAAAUUCUUUCCCUGUUUUUUAUGUUUUCCUAAAUUUCACAAAUGCAGUAAGCUUUAAUGUUCAAUACAUCUGAGGAGGUUGGAAUGCAGCAUCUUGUAGUGAGCAAAGCACAUGUGGUACUGUGUGGCCUACCACUCAUUAAUGUGAAAGGCAGAGAAGAAUCAUGAAGUGCCAUAAAUGCAGUGAUGUAUGUCACCCUAAAAAGCACAUGGAAGGCCACCUUCUACUGCUGUGGUCAGUGCAGUGCACGCAACCAAAUGCUGGAGCAUGGCAGGCUGUUUGUGUUGCUGUAUCCUUGCCUUCAUGGAAUUUUUAGGCAGUUAAGUAAUGUGUAGACAUUGCUUAUCUUAUGCUUUUAGUUCUGACAUGAUUAACACUUAGAUUACUUAAAAAAUUAAAAAUAUUAUCCAGAUAUUUGUUACAAAUGAUAAAACUCCUAGUGAAUGUUCCAGUCUUGCCAAAUAGUGAACAAAAAUUUACCAGCAAAUUUAUCUCAUGCAAAAAAUGACUGUCCCAGACAGUUGUGUUCACUAAUACCAUACAUGUUUAUGAAACUUAAAAAGAAGUAUUUAAUUAGUGAAUAGAAUUUCUCAAACUGGCCCUAUUUACUCCAAGUGCUGCAAACUGAAGUUUACUCUUGAUCUAGUUUGCUGUUCUGUCUCCAUGGUAGCUGAAACAUCUGGGUGCAUGUAGACACACAUGCACUGUUUUAGUGCCAAGGCCAUGUCUUCAGUACACAGCUGAGAAGAAUCACAGGUAUCAGUAAUGCUAGAACUACAUGGCUGAUCAUUGUUUUUAUUUUAUGUGUCAAUUUUACAGAAAUACUGGGCAAUUGAACAGAGAAUUCAUUAAGAGACAGGGACCCUUAAAUUUCUGGGUUACUGGAUCUAAUCUAAUGCAAUGGCAGAUACCCUAGAAUUGCUAUUUGGUGAUACACCAGAAAUGGAAUAGUGGUCCCCCAAGGGACCGGUUCCAGCAGAGAGUCUGAGUACUGACUAAGCAUUAUUACUCUGAAUGGUGAUUCUAUAUAAUUUCAGAACACUUGUACUGCUAUUGUCUUUUUGUCUUGCUCUUGAGAUCUUUUCUCUCUCAGGUUGCUGAUUUACCACCUAUGUGAGCUCAGCAGUUUUAAAGAGAGAAGAGUUUUUCUCAACAACCCUAGCACCUCUCCCUUCAGACAAUUAAAAUUUAUUCUCUGUUUAUUUUGAGUACUUUUACUUUGUGACACUCAGAAGUCUCUACAUCAGAACAACAGUUCUCUGGGAAAUUUGCUGUUACAGACAAUAAAACCUAUUCUCUUUUCCAGAAACUUGCAAACCUAGAAAACUUCUGGAUAGAUGAAUGCUCUUGUGGUGUUAAAAUACACAAUGCAAUCAUACUCAUUCAGGCUUACUUUUGAUGUUUACUCUCAAUUAGUGGACUAUAAUAGUAGAACGAUUAAUUUGGGUUUUUUUAAGAUGUAAUUUAAAUUCAUAAAUAUUUACAUUAAGAUGCUAUUACUGUGUAUUUCACUUUUUUCUUAUCAGACCUGACAUGUUUAUUAAAGCAAUUUAUAAUUUUUGA